AUGUUUAAGAUUCAAAGAUGCACCUUUUUGCUCUCACCGAUCAUCAACCUCGAGAAAGGGUGUCCAACUAUGAAAAGUUCGCUCGUUACAUCCAGAGCGUGUGGCAGAGCCCUCACGUUCAGUGGCAUAAGGUGCGGCAAUGCCAAUCGGGUUUUUUAUAGGAGAACUCCAUCAUUUGCUUGCAGGCCUUUCAGUUCGAGCCAUGUCACGAAACAAGAGAAUAAGCCUCCUCUGAUGGAAGCCUUUUCCGGUGGUUUCGGGAAAUUGUUGAAAUGGUCUAUGAUUGGAACAGGUGUCAUGGCUUCGACCGUCAUGUUGGCGAUUGCUGGUUUUUUUGUUUACGAUGCUAGCACUUAUAAAGAGUGUGACGUUCCUGAAUAUAUCGACGUGCCCAAAAUGGCUCUGUCUCCUGAAUUGGGUGGUCCAGAGAAUCUGCCAAUUUUACGAGAAAAUUUGGAUGCGUUUGACUCCGAGGCUAAAGAAAAACUGUCUUACAGGCCAAAACUAGUCAUUUUGGGAUCAGGAUGGGCUUCCGUGGGGUUGAUUAAAGCCCUUGAAGCUGGAGAUUAUGAUGUGACUGUUGUGUCACCUCAAAAUUACUUCUUGUUUACCCCGCUCCUCCCCUCCGCUGCUACCGGUACACUCGAGGUUAAAAGUCUUAUGGCUUCGAUCAGAAAGAUAGUAAACGCCGUCCAUGGACACUACUUGGAAGCUAAGGCUGAGAAGGUCGAAUUUGCUGAAAAUCUUGUCAAAGUUUCUCAAAUUCAUCCACAGACCGGUGAGAAACGCUACUUCUAUUUGCCGUACGAUAAGUUAGUGAUUGGCGUGGGGUCUACUGCUAAUACUCAUGGUGUAGAGGGUCUUGAAUACUGCUCUAGAUUGAAGACAGCAGAAGAUGCUAUUGAUUUGAGGAGAAAAAUAAAAAACAAUCUUGAGUUAGCUUGUUUACCAACGACAACUGACGAAGAGCGCAAAAGACUUUUGAGUUUUGUUGUGUGUGGUGGGGGACCCACCGGUGUGGAGUUUGCUGCCGAGGUUUUUGAUUUGCUCAACGAGGAUUUGCCAAAAGUUUACCCUAGGAUUUUGAGACAGGAAGUAUCGGUCCACAUCAUCCAAUCCCGUUCAAACAUUUUAAACACUUAUGAUGAGACUAUUGCGGAAUACGCUAUGCAGAGAUUCAAAAAGGAAGACAUUGAUGUACUCAUCAAUUCUCGUGUCCACAAAAUUUUGCCAGAUAGAGUUGUCUUCACUCAAAAGGACUGUGUGACGGGCGAAAGUGAAUUCAAAGAACUACCCUUUGGUUUAUGCUUGUGGUCGACUGGUGUGGCGCAAAAUCCUUUAGCCAAGCAAGUCGUCCAGGACCUUUCUGAAUUUCAAAGAAAUAGGAGAGCCAUUGAGACGGACUCUCAUUUGCGAGUGCUUGGAGCGCCAUCUGAACAGGUUUAUGCAAUUGGUGACUGUGCUACCGUGAGAACCGAUUUAGCUGAGCACGCUGUCGAGUUCGUGAGACAAUUUAUUGUAAACAGACAUUUGCAUCCCUCCAGAAGUAUCGAUAUCAUUACCGAUGAUGAUAUCAAACAUUUAUCGCUUUCAUAUGAGGAGAUCUACGACUUGGCAAGGGAGCUUGUGAAGAGACACCCUCAGACCAGAGAACACUUGCACAACGUGGAUGAGGUUCUCCCCAAGUAUGACGUAAACAAUUCUGGAGCUCUUGAUUUUGCCCAAAUUACAGAGUUAUUGAGGGAAGUCGAAAGUAAAGCCACUUCGAUGCCCGCGACUGCUCAAAGGGCCCAUCAGCAGGGCAAGUACUUGGGUAAAAAGCUAUCCAAGGCCGCCAGGUACUUUGAAGCGGCCCGCGCCGACGAGAAAGUUCACUUGGUCUCGGACGAAGAUGUCGGAAAGCCUUUCAAGUACGUUCACUUGGGAUCGUUGGCCUACAUUGGAAAUUCUGCGGUCUUUGAUCUACCUGGAUACUCGUUUGUCGGUGGCCUUGUCGCAAUGUACCUUUGGAGAGGUAUCUAUUUUGCCCAAACGGUUUCCCUGCGGACAAGAGUUCUUCUCUUCAUGGAUUGGCUCAAGAGAGGAAUCUUUGGUAGAGACAUCUUAACUAUUUGA